AACACAUCUCACCAUCACAUAUCUAAUUUCUGACUCGGCCAGUGCCAUAGGAUGUGCACAACAAUCCACUACCGCAGCCGUAGCUGCGGCCACCACUGGCUGCAAGUCCAGCAAGCGUGCGGGCCGGGGAUGGGCUUCACGUACUGCGCACGCUUCGGGGACGGCGUCGCGCGCGAGCCCAGCCCUCUUGUCAGGACGGACAGCGCCUGUCCGAGCUGCGUGCUGCCUAACACCUACGACCGCAACCGCGCGCGCAUGAUUGUCGAUAUCCGGGGCCGCUGGCGAUGGGGUUUCGGGCCAGGGAGGGGGGAUCCUGGGGUUGAGUGUGCUGUAAUGUGAUCAAAAGUGGGAGGAUUCCGAGGGUGCAGGAAUAUGAUGGUGAGUCGAUUGCCACGCAUUCUGCUCUUCUUGAUUCGCAAAUUGAGAAUCA